AUGGCUGGCAGAACUCCGUCGGUGGCGCCAGCCUUCGUCGCGAUCCUGCUCGUGGCUUCCUUCGGAGCGCAUCUCGCGCCGAGAGCAGCGGCGCAGACAUGCGUCGCGUCGUCGAUCGCAGGAUACAACGUCGCGGUGCCACUCGGCGACACCCUCAUUCUCCACUGGAUGACACCCAACUCAACCACACUCAACCUCCUUCUAGAGUCCACCGCGCCUGGCUGGGCGGCAGUGGGUUGGUCAACGGACGGCAGAAUGUCUGGCAGUGACGCCGUGGUGGGCAACGUGGGUGAUCCAGCCACUGUGCAAGCAUACACGCUCUCUUCCAAGAUACUCGGCGGUCAGAACCCAACCACUUCUUUCAAGCUUGGCGACACGUCUGUGACUGCGAAUGGCGACUCGACUUACAUCAAAUUCUCGCGCACCGAGGGCACAGGGAACGUGCCUGUGCAGCUGUCUGGCCCCUCUGCAAUCAUCUAUGCUUCCUCACCAGACGGCUCCACCUCCUUUUUCUACCACGGCCCCUUCAGGGGAUCGGCGGUUGUCGAUUUCUCCUGCAAGGUGGAAGGAGCAGCACCAGCACCAGCACCAGCACCAGCAACACCUGCCACACCACCUGUAGCGCCACCCUCGGGCUCUUCACCUCCCACAGGCAGCACCAGUUCCCCACCACCCCCUUCGUCGACACCAGGACAGCCAACACCCACCCCUUCCCCACCUCCACCACCGCCCAAGGCAGGGGGUCUGGCUGUUGAUCGUGCACAUUGGCUGCUACCUCUGGCUCUGAUUGCUGGUCUCCUUAUCUAG